UGACCCUUGCUGCUUGCUUUGCGCGUCGCUCCACCAAGCCACUGCGAACCGCUUGACGAGGGAGCCUAUUCGCUCCGGAAACUUGAAGAUCGCAGGCAUCCGCCAGAGCCAUCGACGCCGUCGAGUUCCAGAGUGUGCAGCACCACCAAGAUUUACACGAAAGAUGUCUCAGGUCCCGGCUAUGCCUAGGAACGUCAGUUCCGGGGGGCAGAGAGUCGUAACAGCGGUGCGCAGAGAAUUCGGCAUGCACGUGUACUUCAACGAACCAUUCAAUGCGGACCAGAAGGAUUUCAGAGUCGAGUUCAGCAGGAAAUUCGUGAAAAAUUCAAAGCUCACAAUCGUCGUUGAAGUUUUGGCUAACCGUUACAUGGAGAUAUGCUACGAGACCCUCGAGAACAGCGACAAGUACUUCUACUUGAGCCGCGAUCCGAUCGACGCCAAGCUCUAUGCGGGCACCAAGCUGUUGCAUCUCACCCACCACCACCGUCAGGACCUGCCCCUGUCGAACAACACGUUCGAUUCGGGCAAGCCCUUGGUCUUCCAGCUGGAAUGGAGGUCCGAUGACAAAAUCGAGUUCUACGUAGAAGGGAAGGCCUCCAUCACUGGCACCAAGCCAUCCGCCACCUCGCUCAAGGACUGUGCGCGCCUGGUAGCCGGCGAGCAGUUCGUAGGCGACACCAGCAAGGACUUGCGCGGCUUUAAAGUCUACGAAGUUCACCACACUUCCACACGAUGGCAGACCUUGUUUGAAGAGAACUACAGCUACACACUACCCGCACAGUACGCCCUGGCCGCCAAUGGCCUCAUACGGUUCUCCGGCAAAUGCAUUAUGCGCGAGCAUCGCACGGGAGAGAUCCUAGUGUAUUAUGACGGGCAAGGUUGCCGCUAAACUGCUGCGCCUUCAGAAGAACAAGGAUAUGACGGUCGUGAUCAAGUUGACUGCCACCGAAAUGAUCGUCUCGCUUAUCGGCGCACCCAUUCCGGCCGCACCGCUCACGGUAUCGGUGGAUCGAACCACUGGCGAGCCGAGCGUCAAGCCCAUCAGAGUUACCCGAAACCUGCAAACGCACAAUGUGGAAAUUAUCUCGGGCGUUUCUACAACCACGUGAGACGACAACUUUCGGGCCACUGGCGCACACCGCGACUGUUCCACAUUUUUCAGCGGUUCAAGAUGCUGCGUCUUCCCCGUAUACGGGCUUACGUUCAACCCUCGUGCCUCAGAGGAAGAGAACGGUGUUCAAUAAACGAU